GCAGAACGCACCUUCAUUCUCUCAUCGAUUGCAAAGGCCUUGGACGUACCGGCGGAAAGCAUCGACACAUCAAAAUGUUUCAUUGGGCUCGGAGGCCAUUCACUGUCGGCGGUCGAGGUGCAACACGCAUGCAAGGCCGUGGUGUCCAAACCUCCAACAGUUUUUACGCUACUCACAUCACCUUCUAUCGAAGCGCUGCUGCCAGGUGAUGGUCCGCGCACAAGGGAGGCCCCUGCCAAGCACGAGCUUAUUUCCAGUUCAACAGUGACCGAAUAUUCACAACCAUCAACAACACCGUCGUCAUUAUCAUCUCUGUCACAGUCGCCAUCUCGUUCGCUGUCUGGCUGUUCUAGUGUCCCAGACGGCGAGAAUGUAGAGGAUGCUUUGCCAUCAGAGCAAUCAGGGAUCAAACCACUAUCAAUCUCGAAUGAAGAGUCAGCCCCGGCAACUGGUCUGCAAGCAGCGUUCAUCCAUAGCGGGCAAAGCACAAUACACUAUUUUGAAACAUGGAGCCUCGAAGAUCUUCCCUUCAUAACGUAUGCCUGGAAGAGGGUGCUAGCUAUGGAACCAAUGUUCUCUACUAGGUUUGAAGAGGCGGGCCAGGGGAGAUAUGUCAUGUGCAAACGCAAGUUUGAGUGCCCAUGGACACAAGUAGUAACUUUUGAUCGUACGACAUACGAAGAAGAACUGGCGCGAAGAGAGGGACAGGUACAGCCGACGUUUGUAUUCAAGACCGUCGUGUUUAAAGGAGUCGGUAGCAAGAGCAGCAGCGGCAGACGUCGUGAGAGUGAAGCUACCAUUAUACUAUCUAUCCAUCAUGCUCUAUUGGAUGGGUUUGCCAUGGAACGUCUCGCGGUCAAGGUGCGGAGGGUAGCAGCGGGAGAAGUGGGAGUUGGGGCAGGAAAAUCGUUCUUGACGGCGGCCAAAGAGAUCGAAGCACUGGCCAAGGAACAGAGCGAAGCUGCGACUCGGUAUUGGCAAAGUUGUGUACGAGAGCACACAGGGGCAGCUACAGAGACUGGUUUGCAGAGACCGAAGGGACAAGUAGAAGCAGCAGCGGCAGCAACGAAAUGGCCGACCAUCCAAGGAAAGAAGCGCAACGAAGUCAACGUCAAUUUUGAGCACUUGAGUGAGCUGCUACGGGAGAAGUCCAGGGAGCUAGGCGUCACUGUGGCGGCCUUCUUCCAUGCAGCAUGGGCGGUCGUGCAAGCCACGUAUGCAGAUGUCAGUCAGGUCAAGUUUGGAACCAUUAUGAGUGGGCGAAACCUGCCCAUCGACGGCAUCGACACCGUCAUUGGCCCUAUUCUUAACUCACUGCCAUUCUACGCAAAUGUUGACGAGGCUAUAAUGACGGACGAGUUUGUACAGAACGUCUUCAACGGUUUGGUAGAACUCUCGUGCUAUCAAUGGAGUGCACCCGAGCACGGCUUGAAUCGCGACUUCGAGGCGGCCUUGUCCGUCACACGGGGCAUCGACAGGGCGGCUGCUGGCGAGGAAAUGCAGCCACUUCGACCCGUGCAGUACGACUUUGAGAGUAGCAUUCCACUCAGCCUAGCGCUCGAUGAGGCAAUGAUGAGCCUACGUGUGGUCUACCAUGCAGAUCGAUAUGCCGCAACGGCCGUUGAGGACAUGGCCAUGUGCUUUGCUACGGCAUUGGAGCGGCUUGCGCACUCAACGCCCAUGCAUGCGUGCAAGUCAGCGCUAGUAACAGUGCCCAUGCAGAUGCGGCUGCGAGUCUUGGGAAACUGCAUAUCUGGGUCGACGACACGGGCUGCGCAUAUGCACGAGGAUCUGGUAUCUAUGCUGGACGCGGCCGCGCGCACGCACGCAGAGGCGGUGGCAGUCGAGGUUGGCAACCGACGCAUCACGUACGCUGAGCUGCAUCGGCUCGCGGCUCGCACCGCCACGGCCUUGGGCGAGGCUGGGGUCAAGGCUGGCGAGGUUGUGUGCGUGCAUGCGGAUGGGAGUUUGGAAUGGAUCGUGGGCUUGCUCGGCGCACUGCAAGCCGACGCUGUCUUUUGCAGCUUGGAUGCCACUCUCCCCCACGAGCUUCGCCGCGACAUGUUCGGGACGGCCGGCGGCCGUGUCUUUGUCGUUGGUCAUGAGUGGCAGAGAGAGUUGAUGCCAGACGGGUGUGCCCACUUGGUGUGCCAGCAAUUGCUCCCUGCUGUCGCAGCUGCUCCCCACCAUGCAGACGACGGCGACGGAGAGGGCGACGGAGAACUCAAGUACAUGAACAAGCACACUCCCCGGCCGCUAGCCCCCGCGUACCUUUGCUUCACCUCUGGUUCCACUGGCCGUCCCAAGGGCGUCGUGUGCACCCACCAGGCCCUGAUCGCCUUCCAGGCUGACGUCGAGGUACGCCUUCACGCGAACCCGGGCGUCCGAAUCGCCCAAUUCAUGUCGCCCGCCUUCGACGGAAGCAUCCAUGAGAUCUUCUCUACCCUCUGCUAUGGGGCAACGCUCGUCCUGCGCGACCCGGCCACGUUGGCUGAUCCCUUCGACGUCCUGCGCCGAGUCAGUAGCGCCAUCAUGACGCCCUCGGUCGCCCGUUGCCUAUCGCCUGCAGAUUUUGCCAACCUCGAGACUGUUUACCUGGUCGGAGAGCAAGUCCCCCACCCUGUUGUCGACAAGUGGGCCACUGGCGGCCGCAAGCUAUACAACAUGUACGGUCCCACCGAGGGUACGGGUGGCGCAACCAUAACUCGGCUACGCCCCACACAACCCGUCACCAUUGGCCACCCUAAUCCAACGUCGCGCCUCUACAUCCUGGGACGCAACGGCUGCUUACUCCCACCGGGCGCCGUUGGCGAAAUCUACAUUGCUGGAGUGCAGAUUGCCCUGGGCUAUGCCAGCAUGCCUGAUCACACGGCUGCCCGCUUCGUGCCGGACACGAUAUGUCCCGGUCUGGGCGAAACCAUGUAUCAGACUGGCGACUACGGCUAUUGGGAUCACAACGGUCAUAUCGUCUGCCUUGGUCGGAGAGACCGCCAGCUCAAGCUGCGCGGCUUCAGGCUCGAUCUGGACGAUCUUGAGACCCGCAUUCUCAAGGCGCUGCCGCAUGUCAAAGCCGUCGCGCUUACAAGGUCUCAAAAAGGAGAUAGCCUCGUUGCUGUGAUUCAGCCGGCUACCUUGUCCCAAGAUGAAGUCAGGAAUGCCAUGUUGCAGAUCCUGCCCAAGCCAGCCGUGCCCUCUGCUAUUGCUUGCGUUGACGCCUUCCCUCUGACCCGUGCUGGCAAAGUCGAUUCGCAGGCAAUUGCAGCU